UUUAUGAAUCGAGCAGCAGUAAAAAUGGCCAACAUGGAUGCAUUGUGCGAUUUUAUGUUUACAAAUCCAGUCGACGAAAAAGGAAUUCCACUUGUGAAAGAGGAUGAACUGUUGUAUUUUGCCGAUGUUUGUGCUGGUCCAGGAGGUUUUUCCGAAUACGUUCUAUGGCGCAAACAAUGGGAAGCAAAAGGAUUUGGUUUUACAUUGAAAAGUGAGAAUGACUUUAAGCUUGAUAAAUUUUUGGCCGGCAAUCCAGAAACAUUUGAUACGUAUUACGGUGUGAAAGGCGAUGGAAACGUGUAUGAUCCAGAGAACAUUGAAUCAUUCACGGAUUAUGUACGGAAACAAACGCCGGUGGGUGUUCAUUUAAUGAUGAGCGAUGGUGGUUUUUCGGUCGAAGGCCAGGAGAACGUACAAGAAAUCCUAUCGAAACAAUUGUACGUAUGUCAAUGCCUAACAGCACUGUCAAUCGUCCGCGAUGAUGGCCAUUUUGUGACAAAAGUUUUCGAUUUAUUCACAUCAUUCAGCGUGGGACUCAUUUAUCUCAUGUAUAAAUGCUUUAAAAAGAUCAGCAUCAUUAAGCCAAACACAAGUCGGCCAGCCAAUUCCGAGCGAUAUUUAGUGUGCAAGUGGAAAAAGCCCAACACAGAUGCCAUUCGACGCUAUUUAUUCAAAGUCAAUAUGCAUCUCUUCCAAAAUCAAAAUACAAAUUCAGAUAUCGCUGAAUUGGUGCCAUUUGAGGUGAUAAAAAAAGAUGAAAUAUUUUACAAUUACAUUUGCCAGAGCAACAACAUAAUUGGCAAAAAUCAAGUGAUUUCUUUGCACAAGAUUGCCCAUUUCAGUGAACACACCAAUUUACGCGAGUCACAGCAACAACAACAAUGCAAAAAUGAUUCAUUAUCCCUUUGGAAACUACCGAAUGUACCGAAUGUACCGAAUAAAAUGCGAAAAGCGCCCAUAAAACCAUCAACAGAUCAAAUCAUAAAAGCUCUCAUGGGUAAUUGGUAUCCGGAAAGACGAUCCUUGUUGGAAUCAGUUGAAAGAACCCUAACACUUGAAACAAAUUUCCACGGCACAUUUUUCGAUAAAUCGGACUGGGCAUUCGUUCCGAUCGAUGUGGUCGAAAAUAGCUGCAAAACGAUACGAACAUUCUUCAUGAGCAAGGGCAAUUCGGAUGUAUUUAAAUACACGAAAAAUGGUUCAUGGGAACGGUUGACGGAAAUAGUCGUCGAAAUUACACCGAAUACAUUGUUCUAUGGCGAAAUCGUCAAGGAGUUGAAAGGAGAGAGUAAAGGUCAAACGCAUACCUAUGCAAUGCAUAUAAUUGAUGGUAUCGUUCUCGGUGGCAAGGACAUUCGCAAUUUAGGACUGCAGAAGCGGAAUCGUCUGUGCCAUCAAUUUGCCGAAUCAUUAAAUAAACCACAGAAAGAGAUCACUA